GAGAUGCAGUGCGCACGCGCCUGCCGCAGUUGCCCAUGGUAACCUGGAGCCGCGUAGAGGAUGGGCUUACUAUCAAUUCUGCGUAAAUUGAAGAGUGCACCAGACCAGGAGGUUAGGAUCCUGCUCCUGGGAUUGGAUAAUGCAGGCAAAACCACACUUUUGAAACAACUGGCAUCUGAAGAUAUCACCCAUAUAACUCCAACCCAGGGUUUUAACAUUAAAAGUGUGCAAGCACAAGGUUUCAAGUUGAAUGUGUGGGAUAUUGGUGGACAAAGGAAAAUCAGGCCAUAUUGGAGAAAUUAUUUUGAGAACACUGAUAUCCUGAUUUAUGUCAUUGAUAGUGCUGAUAGAAAAAGAUUUGAAGAAACUGGUCAAGAACUAGCAGAGCUGGUUGAUGAAGAAAAGCUAAGUGGCGUUCCAGUACUCAUCUUUGCAAACAAACAAGAUUUACUGACGGCAGCCCCUGCUGCAGAAAUUGCAGAGGGUCUGAACUUGCACACAAUCCGGGAUCGAGUUUGGCAGAUUCAGUCUUGUUCAGCCCUGACAGGAGAGGGCGUGUCGGAUGGCAUGAACUGGGUCUGCAGAAAUGUCAAUGCAAAGAAGAAGUAAGUCAAGCUGAGUUGCCUGGAACUAGAGAAACAGCAAGAGCCAAACAUGCUAGCCAGCUGCUAGUGUCUGACCAAAUAUUGUUCCAUCUGCCUGCAGCUACAGCUGUUCAGACUGGUAACUGUAGCUAAGCCUACUGCUUCUAUAGGAACUUUAUCUGUUGACUAGUACCACCCCUAUCCUCGUGCAAAUCUUUCUUUCAUCCUUUUAAAAAAGUAAAUAGUAUAAUGGAUCUCCCUAUUGUUCAUACUAGCAAUGAAAAUAGGAAUGGAUUGCUGUCUGAUAUAGAGAUUUCUGAUGAGCUCCACGGGGGUCAGAUUAUUAUAACAAUAUAUAUCAGUGGCCACAUCCAUUCUGAAAUCAUUCAAGAUUCUCCUGUGGUCCCGUUCAGAACUUUUCUCAUUAUCCAAUAAAGUGAUCUUUUGUUCAUGCAAAUGCUUCAAUUUUAAAAUGAUACAUACCUUAGUACUUCGCUUACACUCAUUUGGCCAUAUGCACAAGGGUCUGUCUUUCCUUCACAAAGACAUGUAUAAAACUCACUUUCCUAACAAUUGGAAUGAAGAAGCAACAAUUCAUGCAGGACGCCAUAAUUUAAUUAAAUAAAACAACAUGUAGUGGUUGUUAUUACAUUUAUAUUUGGCCUAAACUUUCCCCAAAUGUCAGGUUUCACUAAGAGUUCCUGAAUGUUCAAUCUUAUUGCAUUGUAAUAGUCCUUGAAAAUAGAUUUCUUUUAAAGAUAGUGAAAGUAACUCAAAGCUCAAAAUCUUAUACAAGAAGCUAGUAACAAUAGGCUUUGUCAUUCUGAAGGUCUUUGAUGCAAAAUUUGAUUCAGUGUACCUAAAAUCUCAAAAGUCAAUGAAUUAUCUCUGGUAAUACAAGCAGUAGAACAGUGUGAAGUGAAAGUUUGUGUCCAUUUUAAAGAGUCAUGACUUUAUGUAAUUUUUGUGAGUUAGUAUAGUUUCCCGCCAUUCUCAUUUACAUUUAAUAUUGCUAACUCUGCAGGAAGUCAUAGUCUAGAUGUCUGAAAUACUGAAAUUUGUCAAAGAUUUAUCUUUGGCCAUGAGAAUGUUGUUGCAUCAAAAUGAAGAGCAAGAAAAGAGAACCAUAAAGAAUCAAUAAUAUUCUAAAUGCAUUCCCCAAAGACACAUUCAUUAAUAAACCUUAAUGUGCUGCCACAAUACCAGUAUAUGCUGUAGGUUAAUGCUUCUUGCCUCUUAAGUUAUUUGCUAAAUUUGUCCAAAUCAUUUCAUGGGGCUACUCUUUUGUGCAAGAGAUCACUUGCAGAAUAUAACCAGGUUGUAAGACUGAAAAAAAUAUGGAAAUUGAAAUGUUCCCUUUGUUCCUGGAGGAAGUCAGACUGUUUUACUAAUCCUUAAACCGUGGGCAUAUCUUCUGGAGAACCAGACAGCACUAGCUUAUGAUCCUUGCUCAUACCUUAUUCAUUUUGGGGUGGGGGUAAAUAUUUUCCUCCUUGGUAUUUUAAAACAAGCACAAAUUGUAGUUUGCAUAUAUUAACACUCUAUCUCAUCUACUACUGAUGGUUUAUGAGAGAUCAUAAGCAAACAUUAUAAGAAGCAGGUAUAAAAUGAAGCAUGGGUAACCAUCUAAAUACUUCUAGAGAAUCCAACUCUGGCAAUUAAAUACAUGCUCCAAUUCCUAGUGUUUUAAGAACAAUUUAUUUUAGAUAUGCCAUUACAACAGGUAAAAUGUUGCUUGCCAUUUUAAAAUAAAACAACAAUGAUCUGUAAUCCUUUAAUCCAAAUAUCAAAGAGGCUCAUGUCAUAAUAUACCAAUCAAUUCAAAAAUAGGUAUAUUUCUCUUGUACAUCAAGCUCCUCUUCUCCAGAGUUUUCUCCUGUUUUUGGAAACACAUAAUAUUCCUAUGCAGAGUUUGACCUUCAAGCACACUUUUCAGCUCUUGAAAUUUUUAAAUACAAAAUUUCCCAUUUUUCUUGAUGAGUUUCUUGCUGAGAAUUUUAUUGAGAAGGAUUUAAUUGGAAUAACCAGAAAGAAUCAAUAUGCGCUGUUGAAUUCAGCAGUUUUAAUGCAUCUAUCAAGUUUUAUUCAUUCUGAACAAAGAAAAUUUGAAGAACCCCUCCCUCUUUCUCUCUCUCCCCCCCCAAGAUGGAAUUGGCCAAAUGAUUUCAAAAGCUAGUAUCUUGCCAAAGGUAAUGGCUUAGUGGAUAAAUGCCUCAUGAACAACGUGGAAGAAGUGAUAAUUCAUGGAACAAUCUCCAGUUAUUCCUUACAAAAUGAAAAUGCUAACAGAACACAGCAUUAGUUAGCUGUUCUUAAAUCAAUCUCCACAUGCCCAGCUUUUUAAAAAAAUCUCUUACUUGUCCUUAUCAUAUUCCCCAGUGAGCAAUAUGCAAUAAGUAUGGUACAGUGUGUAAAAAAGCCAUACUAUGAGUACUUGGCAAGUUGUUUUUCUAGUAAAAUAUUCUUUCUUUUUUAUUAAAUUGUGUUGAUAUAUUUAAAGGUAGGUCAGAAAGGUUGAAGUGUAGCUUAAGACAACCGAUUUAACAUGUUAAAACAUAUUUAAAAGCAUGGUUCAAAUGUGGUUUAAUUGUUUAUUUUCAUUACACACAGCUUCCAUACUCUCUAAACAAAUAUUUUCUAAGAUCAUGUCAAAUGCUUUAUAAAGCCAUGCCUGCAAAUGUUAUCCAGCACACUUAUCUUUGUUUCUUUUAGGUUUAAAAAACAAUUUUAUAAGCUCUUCUUUUCUGAAGUUAAUGAAAAGAAGUCUGAUGAGAUUUGGUAAUAUCAAACCUCUGUGUAUACAUUUAGAUAUUUGGCAAACUUGAA